AUGGAAGAACAUAGCUCAGAAAGCCACAACCAAAAUCAAAACUCAAACUCAAACCCAACCAAAGACCUUACUCAUCCAAGCAGCCUAUACUACAUUGGCACAAAUGAUGGCACUGGCUCCAUGCUUGUUACUCAUAGCCUAGAUGCCAGUAACUACUACUCAUGGGCUCGAUCAAUGAAAAGAGCACUAAGGAUUAAAAACAAGCUUGGCUUUAUUGAUGGAAGCUUGUGUGAGCCAACUGAUCCAAAUGACCCUCUCAUGGAACAUUGGUUGCGAUGCAAUGAUAUUGUGAUUACCUGGAUGCAAAAUACCAUGGCCAUUAAUAUCAAGAGCAGCACAGUGUAUGCAAAAACAGCUCACCAACUCGGGAUUGAGUUAGAACAAUGCUUUUCACAACAAAAUGCUCCUCGAAUCUUUGAGGUCAAACAUGGUGUAACCAUGUUGAUGCAGAACCAAGACACUGUAAGUGUUUAUUUUUCCAAACUCAAAACCUUGCUAGAUGAACUUUUGAACUAUGAGGCCAUUCCUAGUUGCAGCUAUGGAGGUCUCAAAAUAGUUGUGCAAAACCAACAAAGGGAUUGGGUUAUGAAAUUUUUAAUGGGCUUGAAUGAGUCAUAUAAGGGAAUCAAAGCUCAAAUUCUUUUAAUCAAACCCUUUCCUAGUCUCAAUGAGGUUUAUUCCAUAGUGCAAAGAGAAGAGAAAAGAAGGGAAAUAUCUACUGAAGGACCUGCUCAUCACUCCAUGGCAUUGUUCACUCGAGGAACUACAAGGAUGGUCCAAAAUUAA